CAGACACACAGCCACAUGACCACAGAUGUUAAGCGCACAGAGACAGUGGGAUAGAGGGACUGAUGAACUGAGCAGGACGAGUAAAGGGACUCAUAUAUCUUAUUGCCAUGGAAAUGUCACAACACUGAAAACAGACAUCAAAACAAUCAAGACAGCAACAGCAUCAUCAGCGACUGCAGACAGCACACUUUUAACAAGGCCUAAGGAUGUGGGUCCUUGUGGGUGUGGUCUGUCUGUUUCAGUUCGUGACUGGGCAGCUGUUGGACACCAAACCUCGAGUGGCCUCACCCCGUUACAUCUGCAGUGUCCCCGGCUUACCUGGCGCGCCAGGUAAACCGGGCCCUCCGGGCCCGCCAGGGGAUGACGGCUUCAACGGGAUCCCAGGCAGAGACGGCAGGGACGGACGGAGAGGGGAGAAGGGACAGAAGGGGGAAGUAGGGACAAAGGGAAGAGUCGGCCCUACUGGUAAGAUGGGGCAGCGUGGAGAAAGGGGCCCCCAGGGCAAAAGGGGCCCAGGUGGUGAUGGUGGGAACCCAGGUCCUGAGGGCCCCCUCGGGCCUCUGGGCGAAAAAGGGGACAAUGGCCAACGGGGUCCCCCGGGCACACCGGGCAUCUGCAAGUGUGGAAGCCUGGUGCCCAAAUCGGCCUUCUCCGUUGGCAUCACCAGCAGCUACCCUGCUGAAAAGAUUCCCAUCAUAUUCAAUAAGGUCCUCUUCAACGAGGGGGAUCACUACAACCCACAGACCGGCAAAUUCAUUGGAGCUUACCCGGGUGUCUAUUAUUUUUCCUAUGACAUUACACUGGCCAACAAGCACUUGGCGAUAGGUCUGGUGAAGAAUGGUGAAUAUCGGAUCAAGACCUUCGAUGCAAACACAGGAAACCAUGACGUGGCCUCGGGUUCUACCUUGAUGUAUCUCAAUCCAGAGGAUGAGGUGUGGUUGGAGAUCUUUUACAAAGACCAAAAUGGCUUGUUCUCUGAUCCUGGCUGGGCAGACAGCCUCUUCUCUGGCUUCCUGCUCUAUGCUGACACAAACUACUUGGACUCUUUGGCAGAGGAUUAUGCAUAGCUCUCACCUCACACUGAACUGCAAUUGGAGGGGGGCAACUGUCUAUUGUAAGAUGGAAAUAUAACCUCAAAACCAUCCAAUGUUUCAAGUAAAGAAUUAUUUAUUGUAAUUGUACUGAUAUAGUGAUUAUUCAUUUGAUAUACCAUAUUAUUCAGGGUAAACAAUGGAAGUUUUAUGCUGUAUAUUAAGAUUAUUUAUUUUAGCAGUGUGUAUGUUGAUGACAAUACUUCAUGGAUGUAUAAGAUGUAUUGCCAUUACCAGCUAUACAUCCAUUAAGUAUUGUCCAUUUGUACAGGAACUAUCAUAUAUAUUUUAAUAAAGGUGUAUGGUAUC